AUGGCUCUGCCAUACGAGUCCCAGUUCCAGUACGCCAAACUUCCUGCUUAUCAAUGGCAAACGUUUGAUCCAAGCGCCGUUACAUACUCCCUACAUCCUAUCAUUGCACCCGCCGAAAUUGAUCCAAGCAACCAUGGUACUGACGACCAGUUGAAGAAUGAGGAGGCAGCCACCGCAUCUGACGACGUAGCAGAGCCUCCUGCCCCUCCGGCCGAAGAUACUCCCAAAGAAAGCGACGAUAUCGCUGCCAUGGACGAUACAACACCGCCAGCACACGCUGGCGCCGAAGAGGGGGUGAUAGAAGGAGAAUCUAGAGAUACAGCAGAAGGAGCAGGCACUGACGCCUCCGCCGAGGGCCGAGAACUGAAGGACGAUGAUGUUGCAGCGGAAGAUGCUGACGACGGGCCACCAGAUGCUGCGGAUUCUGGCCCAGAACCCGAGCAAGCAGAGCCAACGGAUGAAGCUGUUGAGCAAGCCGCUGAAGACGAUUCCAAGGGUCCAGACAAAGACACGGAUCCUGAAGGCUCAUCGGAAGUUACCGCCGUUCAAUCAAGUGGAGGCGACAAAUCUUCGGAGCCAGAAACAGUUGUGGAAGUAGUUGAGAAAAUGCAAGAAGCUGAUGCUCCCCUUGAGCAAAUCACUGAAGUCCUAGAAAAGGCCAUGUCCGACGUCGGAGCUAGUCCUGCUUCUCCGGAGUCAGCGGCCGAUACUAACCAGCCAUCCGAAGAAAGUGAAGAGGGCGCAGAUGCAUCUGCAGCAGAUGAACGAGAAGAGGCACCUGACGCCGCUGCAGACCCAGCAUCUCAAGAGGGCACCCCAACCGAAGACAACCCUUCAGAUAAUGUGGAAGAGCCUCCAGCUCAAGAUCAAGACCAAUCCAACGACGAUUCCGCAGACGCAGAGCCGGCCGAAAAGCCAGAAGAACCAGCUGAGGCAAGCGAAGAACUAGCAGCCGACGAGGCUGUGAUAGAAGGGGUGCCAGACGGCAACGAAGGUGACGCUGCCGCCGCAGAUGCAGCAGAUGAUGCGCAGCCCGACCCUCCGGCUGCGGAAGAAAAAGAGGGUGGCUUGGACGAGGCCCCCGCGCCUGAGACUGCGGAGGCCGACGGGAACGGGGAUAAUGACGAUACAGAGGAAAACACAGCCUCGGAUGACCCCAUUCCUGAAGAAAAGGUGGAAGAAAGUGCGGUUGAGGAGGUACCACAAGAAUCCGGCGCCGAGGCACCUGCGGCUGGAGACGACUCCAGCCAAAAUGAGGAAGCUGGUGCCGAAGAGACGCCUGAAGUAGAGGAUCCUCCAGAGGACGUACCGGAAGAAGCAUCUGCAGAAGAGACGCCUGAAGCAGAGGAUCCUCCAGAGGACGUACCGGAAGUAACGUCUACAGAAGAAAUACCCGCAGUAGAGGACCCUCUAGAGGUUGUGUCAACAGAAGAGCCUUCAGCAGAAGAACCAUCUACAGAAGAGACCCCAGCGGAAGAGGAUCCGGCACAGGAAGACCUAGCAGAGGAAGCACCUGCAGAAGAGGCCUCAACGGAAGAGGAUCCCCCAGAGGAAACACCUGCGGAGAAGGCUGCGGCUGAAGACAACAAAGCGGAACAAACAACAGAAGUAGACCCUCCUGAAGACACGGCUAUAGGCGAGGCUGAAGAUACACCAAUAGGCGAUGCCGCCGAGGAGGUUUCUGCCGAAGAACCAGCAUCGGAAGAGCCAUCUGCUGAAGCUACGCCCGAAGAAGCAGCUGCUGAAAAGCCAGAGUCGACUGAAGAGCCGACACACGAAGAAGCCGACGCUGAAGAGCCGGUCGAAGAGGCCGGCGAGGAACUCGUUGGGGAGCCUGCUGACGAAGAGACCCCCGAACAACCUGCUACAGGAGAAGCCGCCGAGGAACCAGCAGACGAGCCAGUGGAAGGACCAGCGAAAGAAGCAGCUGAAGAGACUUCUAUAGAGGCUGCCGAGGAAGCUGCUGAAGAACCCGCAGACGAACCAGCAGACGAACCAGUGGAAGAAACCGCCGAGGAAGCUUCUGGAGAGGCUGCUGAUGAGCAUGCUGAUGAGGCUGCUGAUGAGCAUGCUGAUGAGGCUGCUGAUGAGCAUGCUGAUGAGCAUGCUGAUGAGCAUGAUGAUGAGCAUGCUGAUGAGCAUGAUGAUGCAGGAGAACCUGCUGAGGAAGAACCUGCUGAGGAAGAACCUGCUGAGGAAGAACCUGCUGAGGAAGAACCCGCUGCGGAAGAGGCCGCCGAAAACCCUACCGAGGAGCCAGUCGCCGAUGCAGUCCUCGAAGAGGAAGCAAAAGAAGCUGCAGAAAAAGCUGCAGAAGAGCCAGCUGAAGAAGCUGCAGAAAAAGCUGCAGAAGAGCCAGCUGAAGAAGCUGCAGAAAAAGCUGCAGAAGAGCCGGCCUCCGAAGAAGUUGUGGCAGAAGUAGCCACAGAAGAACCCGCGGAAGAACCUACGGAAGGACCAGCAGAAGAGGCAGUCGAAGACCCUGUAGCGGAAGUUGAUGAGGAGCCCCAAGCAACAGUAGAAGAAGCAGCAACAGACGACGCCGCGCCAGCCGAUGAUCCAGCGCCGGUUAAAGAAGAACCUCCUGCGGAUGAACCAGCCGAACCGAAUGAUGAGACAGCUGCAGUGGAGGAACCUGGCCCUGAAGAAGAAGAGGCGGCUUCCGGAGAAAAAGAAGCACCAGCACCCGAAGAAUUAGCAAUUCCGAUCGCUGCCGCUGCCGCAGUCGUCGGCGCUGCGGGCGGUCUUGCGGUGUCAGAAGCAUCCAAAGGUCUAAAGGAAAGACGAAGGAAGUACCAUGAGAAACGGGGACGCAGCUCGAAAGAUCAAUUCCACGGGCAUAGAGGGAAGCUUGAGAGGAGCAGGGGUGAAGCAGGGCUAUUCGACAGCGCAUUCGCGAGACAGAUUAAAAAGCAGUCCAGAGACAAAGAGCAUGGCCGACACGAAUCGUCGCCCGAAGAAAAGGAGCGUGAAAGAGCGGAGAGGAGAGCCAGGAGGGCCCGACGCGAAAGUGAGGAACCUGUCGCCAGAGAUGGUCAAAGCCGUCAUCAGGCAGAGGUAAACACCACCAAAGAGGAGAGGCACCGUAGGCGCCACGAAAAAGAGAGGCGAAGGGCGGAUAUCGAAGAGGCAGAGCGCUCCGCGAAAAGGAAAGGCAAGGGAAAGGAGAAAUCGCUAGAAUCAUCUCGAGAUGCUACAACCGAGAGCAGCAGUGAGCCCAGAAACAGAACGAGGCGGCCUAGCAGUGCAGGUACCCAUGGUGGUGGUGGCUCCUCUGUGGUACCGAUUCCUGACAUCCUCAAGAGGAUGGCGACAGGAGAGAGCGAUACCAAACCCCUCCUCAUGAUCAAGGUGAAUGAUGACGACCCUCCGAAGGACAGAUCAAGAGAUAGAACCAGAAGCCGUCAUCACGAAGGCCGCGACCAUAGGCACCACAGGUCUCGGGGAGAGGCUUCAGACCGAGAGCGAGACAGCAGGGAUGAGGAUGCAGAAGACCGACUCAAGCCAUCGAGGCAUUCGAGUUCGAGACGGGAUCGGCAGUACCAUACCGAGCUUCGAACAGCUCCAAGGUUCGGAAUCUUGGGCAGGGCAAUCCACACGCUGGUGGAGCACACGACUGUUCGAGAGAUUUGGCGUGGAGAGCGGGUGGGUGCCUGA